CUGUCACACACCUGUAUGACCGCGCCCUGGACGCACCUGUGGGGUUGGACGCCGAAGCUGUCCAGGUGUAAUGAGUUAAUGAGGCCACGCCCCCUUUAUGGGCUACAUAAAGCGGGUGUCGGAGGUCGUGAGCAUCACUCCUCAGCGCGCGCUUCAGCUCCAUCACUCUGCACCAGUAGAAGAUCCUCCAGGACAAACAUGAGCAGCGCGUCCUUGAUCAGCUUCUCGUCCUCGCGCCCCGGCGGCUUCUCGUCCUCGUCGCUGUCUCUGAGCGGAGGCGCGCACAGCAAGCGCAUCUCCGGGGUGCGCGCUCCCAGCGUGUACGGCGGCGCGGAUGGCCGGAGCGUCCGCGUGUCCACGUACCAGCAGCAGCAUUAUGGCUCCCACGGCAACCUGCUCGGAUCGUCCUCCUUCUCCCUGGACGGAGUGGCGCUCAGCGAGAAGGUCACCAUGCAGAACCUGAACGACCGACUGGCCGCCUACCUGGAGAAGGUGCGCGCGCUGGAGAAGGCCAACGCGCAGCUCGAGCUGAAGAUCCGCGAGUGGUACGAGAAGCGCGCGCCCGUCACGCACGACUACAGCCACUACUUGGCCAUCAUCAACGACCUGCGCAACAAGAUCAGGAUCGCCAGCAUGGACAACGCCAGGAUCGUCCUGCAGAUCGACAACGCCAAGCUGGCUGCGGAGGACUUCAAGCUCAAGUAUGAGAACGAGCUGGUGCUGCGCCAGUCUGUGGAGGCCGAUAUCUCCGGGCUGCGCCGCGUCCUGGACGAUCUCACCAUGACCCGCUCGGACCUGGAGAUGCAGAUCGAAGGCCUCAAGGAGGAGCUGAUCUACAUGAAGAAGAACCACGAGGAGGAGUUGGCGGCGCUGCGAGCUCAGCUGUCCAGCAGCAGCGUGAACGUAGAGGUGGACGCUGUUCCUCAGCAGGACCUGUCUCUUAUCCUCGGCGAGAUCCGCUCACAGUACGAGGCCAUCGCCGAGAAGAACCGCCGCGAAAUGGAGGCCUGGUACAAGGUCAAGUUUGAUGACCUGAACAAGCAGGUGAAGUUGAGCACCGAGAGCAUCGAAACACACCGCAGUGAGCUCAGCGAGCUCAAGAGAACCCUGCAGGCGCUGCAAAUCGAGCUGCAGUCUCAGAUUAGCCUGAAAGCGUCUCUGGAGGGCACGCUGCACGAAACAGAGAACCGCUACAGUCUCCAGCUCACCCAGCUGCAGGCCGUAAUCAACAAGCUGGAGGUGGAGCUCACGCAGAUGCGCUUGGACAUCGAGAGGCAGGCGAACGACUACAGGAUGCUGCUGGACAUCAAGACCAGACUCGAGCUGGAGAUCGCCGAGUACAGACGCCUGCUGGACGGAGAGGACAUCAAGAAAACCACGGUGACGAAGGUGGUUGAGGUUCACCACCCUCCCCCAAAACCCGAGCCCGUGGUGACCAAGCGUGUGCGCACCGUGGUCGAGGAAGUGGUCGAUGGCAAGGUCGUGUCUCGCACUGAGGACGUGGACGUCGAGGUCCUGAACAAAAAAUAGGACCCCACACACACACACACACACACACACACACACACACACACACACACACACACACACACACACACACAGGCAUCCCGUUUCAAUGCCAUGACAAUGUACCAUGCCAAGAUUAGUAAUAAAAAAAACAAUGUUAAGGCAGUGAAAGAGUGAAAUGUUUCUGUAUGGACCGUUUGAAAAGCAUCAACAUCUGCAUCAACAUCUGUAACUGCAAAAGCUACAAUAAUAAAGAAUACACUUCUAUAA